AUGCACUGUUUAUACCAAGUUACUAUGUCUGAGUGCAUUCUUGGCCAGAAAUAUUUUUUGCAUUUUCUAAAGGUUUUCCCAAAGUCCAUGUGUCCCCCACCUAACUUUGUUGUGUGGAACGAAUCAAAAAUCAUGGCUCUAAGCGAAAUAGGAAUAUAAAUUCUAGGCUUAUGGUCCUUGUAGUGAUGGUAAAGCACCCCCGACUCAAGACAAAGAUCUUUUGCCAAUGUUGCGUACUCAUCCUUUUCCCCUUCAGUUAUGUCCUCAGGGAAUUUUCCAGUUUUCAAAAAUUCUAUCACAAUCGAUGCUUCAGGGUCUUCCAUUUGUUCAUUC